ACCAGUUUUCCCACCCCACCAGCACCAUGGUUUCCGAAACUGCCGUUUCGCCGCAGCCGCUGUCCUACCCAUCCGCCGCCAACUCUGCCCAUUCCAGCCCAACUUCGCCGGCCGACGGGACGGAAGCUCCAGCGCCGCCCCAACUCCAUCCCCAACCGCACCAUGCUUCGCCAUCGCCACCCCCCUCCAUGCCCGGCGAGAAGGAGGAAGCCCCAGUCCAUCCCCAACCCCAACCGCACCACCCUCCGCCGUCGUCAUCGUCCUCCCAUUCCACCGCCGACGAGACGCAAGCCCCGGUCCCGCCCCCUCCCCAACCCGAGCCGCACCACCCUUCGCCGUCCUCCCCCUCCAUGGCCGAGAUGCAAGCCCCAGUCCAGCCCCAGCCCCAACCAAACCAUUCGUCGCCGCCUCCUUCCGGGGAUGACGGCGAUGACGUGGUCUUCACCGGCGCGUCUGCAGCGUCUGGUGAGACAGUGAAGGGGCCAUGGUCGCCAGAGGAGGACGCGCUGCUAAGCAGUCUGGUGACUGAGCAUGGGCCGCGGAACUGGACGCUGAUUGCGGGCGGGAUCGCCGGGCGCUCUGGCAAGUCCUGCCGCCUCCGCUGGUGUAACCAGCUCAACCCUAACGUCAAGCGCAAGCCCUUCACUGAAGAGGAGGACCGUAUUAUAAUGGAGGCUCAUGCAGUUCAUGGGAAUAAGUGGGCAUCUAUUGCGAAGCAUUUGGUUGGCAGAACUGACAAUGCAAUCAAGAACCACUGGAAUUCCACUCUGAGACGUCGGUACUGCACUGGUAGAAAAUGCACACAAGGUAGUGCUGUAGAGCAACCUACUGGAGAGAUGUCUAGGGCGGUUUUAGAAAAACCACGGCCAUUGGUCGAGCAUAGUCCCUUCAAUGCUAUGGAAGUGAAGGAAGCUCCUGUGCAAAAACUAUCUGGAAGCUGUGCUAUGGCAUUGCAAAUCAGAGAUAAUAACAAUUGUAGCACUCAGGUUGUUGAACAGCCAUACCUGGUUCCUGUGCAAGCUGGAAGCACUUCUGUGGCAUUGCAAACCAGGGAUCAUAACAAUUGCAUCACUGAAGUUGUUGAUCAGCCAUACCUGGUCCAACCAGUUGCUAAGGUUGGUGCAUUCAGACCAUACAAUCAAGGACCUGUUCAAUCAACGCAAAAGGAAAUGUCGAGUUCAACAAGGUCUGUCUCAACCCUUCAAGCUCUCGGUGCUGAUCUAACAUGCUUUGCUGCUGAUGUGCCAAACAAAUGCGGCCAUGGUUGCUGCAGUGCUGAGGAGCGACCUCGUAACGACUCGUUAUUGGGUCCUGAGUUUAAUGAGUUUGAAGAUCAUCCCCCAAUUCAGAACAGUAGGUUUGCUUCGUUGGUAUCAGAACUUAGCAGCAUUGCCUGGAUGAACAGUAGUCUUCAAACAAGUGACGCCAGAAACUCCUUGCGGCAUAAUCAAGUCAGCCCGAUAUUAUAAUCCUAUGUUCCUGGCUCCUGAGCUGCGUCUUCCAGAGUGCAAGGUCACACAAUCUUCUCAGCAUAAAGUUGCAGCAACCUGACGCUUGUCACAAGAUGGUCGGUUCCCUGGACCCUACUCUCUCAAUUAUAGGAUAUGCAUGUGGAAUUGCUGAUAUCAAGAUUCUGUACCUCAUGGGGCGAGCCAUGGAUUCUGAUUGGAGGCUUUACAGGUUUCUAAGAUUUGGAUAAAUUGAAUUAGGUUAUAUUCUUGCUUCCAGCCUCGAUGAUUUGACAGGAGUGGACCCAAGAAAGUCGUUGCAUUAUUUGACAUCUUCAUUCUUUGAAUUUACCUGUAAUUGAUUUCCCAGUGUUCCUGCCUUCCUAUUUGCAUGUGUUCCAUCUUAGGUUUGAUGUGGCAUCUGCACCCAUAGACAUUUUAUGAUUUCUGCAUAGCGAACAGACGGUGAUAUUUCUUGGCAAAAUUGACCGCAUGAGACCGGUCUUUAUUUC